AUGGGCUCCUGCAGCUCCCACGCCGCGAGCAUUCCCGACCUGGACAGCAUCCGCCGGGAGACCGGCUUCUCACAAGCCAGCCUGGUCCGCCUCUACCACCGCUUCCAGGCACUGGACAAGAACCAGAAGGGCUACUUAUGCCGCACGGAUCUCCAGCAGAUUGGGGCCCUGGCAGUGAACCCUUUGGGAGACCGCAUUAUAGAAAGUUUCUUUCCUAAUGGGAGUUACAGUGUGGAUUUCCCAGGCUUUGUCAGAGUCCUGGCUCACUUUCGACCUGUAGAUGAAUACACAGGAGUUCGGGACCCCAAGGAACCAGAACCCCUCAACAGCAGAAUGAACAAACUUCGCUUUGCCUUUCAGCUCUAUGACCAGGAUAGAGAUGGAAAGAUUUCCUGGCAUGAAAUGUUACAGGUUCUCCGGCUGAUGGUUGGUGUACAGGUGACGGAUGAGCAGUUGGAGAACAUUACCGACCGAACGGUGCAGGAGGCCGAUGAAGAUGGUGAUGGUGCUGUUUCCUUCUUGGAGUUCGUAAAGUCCUUGGAGAAGAUGAACAUUGAACAAAAGAUGAGCAUCCGCAUCCUGAAAUGA